CCCCGGCACCUACGUGGAGUACGUGGGGCCCGUCAAGAUCUCCCUGCCCUCCCACAGGCCCCGGGUGCAGAGGCCUCUGCCAGCGACGCCAGGGGCCGGCACGUCCCGCCUGCCAGAGCCGCUGGAGCCAGGGCUGCGUUCACCCUUUGGAGGGACUGUGCCUUGGUUAAGGGGGCCACAGACCCCCACGGGACCAGGCUCGGCGCCUGCUUCGGAUGCUGCCAGGCACGGGCGCUGUUCCAGCGUGCGUCCCUCUGAUCCUCAGCCAGCUGCAGGCAGAAAUUUGUUGAUGCGGCUGUUCGUGUGCGAGCCCGGGCUAGCCCCCCAGCGCCCCCCCACAGCCGAGCCGGCGUUAACCCUUCCAGCACCAGCGCAUUGCUUUGCAGCCAUGCUCACGGGCUGGGCAGGGUGGACGGUCUGUUAGCCGGGGCCCAGAACAUGCCCUACAGCACGCAGCACCAUCCGCCGUGCAGUCCCUCUCCUCCCGGAGCUGAUGGAGCAGUUCUCCCCGCCUGACAUCGCGCCCCCGUUGCUGGCCAGGCUUGUGGAAGCCAUUGAGAAGAAAGGUUUGGACAGCGAGAUGCUGUACCGGACGUCUGGUUCGGAGCCGCGACAAGCACUGAAAACUGAUGGGAUGCUGGGCGACCUGGAGCUGCUGGAUGUGCGCAGCCUGGGCGAGGCGCUGCGGAGCUACCUGCAGGACUUGCCCACCCCCGUGGUGCCGGCAUGCGUGCAUGGUGACAUCCUCCGUGUGCUGCAAGAGGUGCCCCAGCUCGAGACCUGCCGGAAGCAGCUGCUGCUGGUGCUGGAGCCUCCCACGGUCCCGCUGCAGAACAUGCUCACCCUGCAGUUCCUGCUCCGGCACCUGGCAAAGGUGUCCCAGCAGGCCGACAGCAACGGCCUCCAUCCCCGGGUCCUGGGUGAGCUUUUUGGCCCGCUGCUGCUCCGGCUGCCCGGUGCCAGCUCAGAGCUGAGCCCUGACUUCUCUGCCGUGUUCCUGGAGAGGCUUCUGCAGGCGACGGAGUUGGAGCCAGAGCAGCUGCCCCCAGCCCUGCCUCCGAAGCCGCCGAAGCCAAAGCCUGGUGUGGCUGGCCUGGCCAACGGCAGCAGUGCAACCCUGCAGGAGGCCGAGUGGUACUGGGGCGACAUCUCCAGGGAGGAGGUGAACGAGAAGCUGCGGGACAUGCCAGAUGGCACCUUCCUGGUCCGCGACGCCUCCAGCAAGAUCCAGGGCGAGUACACACUCACGCUUAGGAAAGGCGGCAACAACAAACUGAUCAAGAUCUUCCACCGGGAGGGGAGGUACGGCUUCUCUGAGCCUCUCACCUUUGGCUCGGUGGUGGAGCUCAUCACUCAUUACCGGCAUGAGUCGCUGGCGCAGUACAACGCCAAGCUGGACACCAGACUGCUCUACCCCAUCUCCAAGUACCAGCAGGACCAACUGGUGAAGGAGGACAGCGUGGAGGCAGUUGGGGAGCAGCUGAAGGUCUAUCACCAGCAGUACCAGGAUAAGAGCCGCGAGUAUGACCUGCUGUAUGAGGAGUACACGCGCACCUCGCAGGAGCUGCAGAUGAAGCGGACGGCGAUCGAGGCCUUCAACGAGACCAUCAAGAUCUUUGAGGAGCAGUGCCAGACGCAGGAGAAAUGCAGCAAGGAGUACAUAGAGCGCUUUCGGCGCGAGGGCAACGAGAAGGAGGUGCAGCGCAUCCUGAUGAACUCGGAGAAGCUGAAGUCGCGCAUCACGGAGAUCCACGACAGCAAGAUGAAGCUGGAGCAGGACCUGAAGAAGCAGGCGGUGGAGAACCGCGAGAUCGACAAGCGCAUGAACAGCCUCAAGCCCGAUCUCCUGCAGCUGCGCAAGCUUCGUGACCAGUACCUGGUGUGGCUGACGCAGAAGGGGGCCCGGCAGAAGAAGAUCAACGAGUGGCUGGGCAUCAAGAACGAGACCGAGGACCUGUACUCCAUGAUGGAUGACGAGGAGGAGCUGCCGCACCACGAGGAGCGGACGUGGUACGUGGGCAAGAUCAACCGGGUGCAGGCGGAGGAGAUGCUGUGCGGCAAGCGUGAUGGCACCUUCCUCAUCCGCGAGAGCAGCCAGAAGGGCUGCUACGCCUGCUCUGUGGUGGUGGAUGGGGACACCAAGCACUGCGUGAUCUACAAGACGGCGACCGGCUUCGGCUUCGCGGAGCCCUACAACCUCUACGCCUCGCUCAAGGACCUGGUCCUGCACUACAAGCACACGUCGCUGGUGCAGCACAAUGACUCCCUGAACGUCACCCUGGCCCACCCUGUCCUUGCUCCCCCGCCAGCCAGAUGAGUACCCACUACGGCCCUCCUGGCCCUGGACUUUCAUGC